GACGAGAUGGAGACGGAGCUGCGAGCGUCGGCGUCGGCCUCCGAGGCUGAGGAGGACACGGGGACAUCCAAAAAGGAGCGGAACCGGAAGCGCCGGAACCGCAAGAAGAAGAAGCGGGGGAGGGGCGGGGCCCGGGAGGGGCCCCCAACCCCGCCCCCCCCCCGGGGGGACCCCGAGCCCCCCGCCGGGGACGCCCCCGAGGUGGAGAUCGAGUACGUGAGCGAGGAGCCCGAGAUCUACGACCCCAACUUCGUCUUCUUCAAGAGGAUCUUCGAGGCCUUCAAGGUGACACUUCGCGGGGGUGGUGGCACCUUUGGGUGCCAGGGUCACCCCUGGGUGCUGAGGGGUCAUUCCUGGGUGCCGAGGGUGACUCCAGUGUCACCCCUGGGUGCUGCUGACCCGUGUCCCCUGUUCUCUGACUCUGUCCCCUCUCCCUGACUCUGUCCCCUCUCCCUG